AUGGAGAUGAGAUACAAAGAAGAUAUAGACAUAUGCAGUGACAUAACACCACCACUCAUCCCACUCUCUUUCUCUCUCCACAACACUAAUCUCCACACUCACUGCUCCUCUUGUUUCUCUCUCAUCACAACUCCCAUUCCCAUUCCCAAUGCCAAUUCCAUUCCUCCAUUCUACUGCUCUCCUCACUGCACCACCGCCCAUUCCUCCAUCCCCCUCUCCUCCGCCGAACACCAUCUACCUCCCUCCGCCACCUCCUCCCUUCUCCGCACCGCCCUCCGCCUCCUCCUCGUCUCCCACCACCGCACUUCCCCCUCCACUCGCCUCAACCAUUUACUCACCAACCGUCAUUUGCUGACGUGUCACUACGACGAACUCUCCCAAACCAUCCCUAUCAACGCUCUUGCAAUGGCCACCGCAAUAGCAAAGCAAAGAAGCCGCGGCGAUUUGAUAGAACCCUCCCACGACGCCGUUUUGGAGGAAGCUACUCUUGCUCUCUGCGCGGUGCUAACGAACGCGGUUGAGGUGCACGAUGACCAAGGACGCGCGUUAGGGAUUGCGGUUUUUCAACACGCUUUCUCUUGGAUUAACCAUAGUUGUUCUCCCAAUGCAUGCUACCGCUUCUCUUUCGAGUCUUCUUCUUCUUUGCUUUCUCAGGAAUCAAAACUUUGCAUUGCUCCCUUCACUCAUAACUCUCAACAACCAAAAAUAGAUUGUAGGAUUUUUGGUACCAGUGGUGAAUUUGCCCAAGAAAAAGGGAAGAUUAUUUGUGGUCCAAGAUUGAUUUUAAGAAGUAUCAAGAGAAUUAAAAAGGGGGAAGAGGUUACUGUAGCAUAUACUGACCUCUUGCAGCCGAAGGUAAUGCAAAUUGCGCACAACGUAGAAGCUGAUUUGCGGCUUAAACAUAAUUGA